GGGUGCGCCAGUGGCCCGCUGGGACUUGUAGUCUCCUCGCUGAGGAGCGGCGUGGAGGGGGCGGAGCGAGGUGCGUUUGUGAUGCUAAGUGACUGGGGGUGUGCGCAGGAGGCGUGCGGCGGCGACGGCACGCCGUUGGUGUCAUGUGGAAGAUGGCGGCAUCCAGGGGAGGCUGAGGGCUCUGAGGGGGCGGUGAGAGGUUUCCGUACAGCCCGAACGUGCGGCUUUGGAGGUCCCUUCGCUCAGUUUCCUGCUCCAGGUUUCGCGCCGCGCAUCCUCCCAGACCCUCCGGCGCGAUGUGGAGGAGCUGCCACCGGCUGCGGGACGGGGGACGCCGCCUCCUGAAACGGCCUGCGGGUGGCCCCAGCCCUUCUAAGAGUCCAGGGCCAACCAUCCGGUUUCCAGCCCGGGCUUACGCCCCGCCGACAGAAAGGAAGAGGUUUUAUCAGAAUGUCAGCAUCACACAGGGUGAAGGUGGCUUUGAGAUAAACCUGGACCACAGGAAGCUGAAAACUCCCCAAGCCAAGCUCUUUACCGUGCCCAGCGAGGCCCUGGCCAUCGCAGUGGCCACUGAAUGGGAUUCCCAGCAGGAUACCAUCAAGUACUACACCAUGCACCUGACCACAUUGUGCAACACAUCCUUGGACAACCCAACCCAGAGAAAUAAGGAUCAGCUGAUCCGGGCAGCCGUGAAGUUUCUGGACACCGACACCAUCUGCUACAGGGUGGAGGAGCCAGAGACAUUAGUGGAACUUCAAAGGAAUGAGUGGGAUCCAAUCAUAGAAUGGGCUGAGACAAGAUAUGGUGUGGAGAUCAGCUCCUCCACCAGCAUAAUGGGACCCAGCAUCCCCGCCAAGACUCCGGAGGUGCUUGUCAGCCACCUGGCGUCUUACAACACGUGGGCUCUGCAAGGCAUUGAGUUUGUGGCUGCCCAGCUCAAGUCCAUUGUGCUAACCUUGGGCCUGAUUGACCUGCGCCUGACGGUGGAGCAGGCUGUGCUGUUGUCACGCCUGGAGGAGGAGUAUCAGAUCCAGAAGUGGGGCAAUAUUGAGUGGGCCCAUGACUACGAGCUGCAGGAGCUGCGAGCCCGCACUGCCGCCGGCACCCUCUUCGUCCAUCUCUGCUCCGAGAGCAGCACAGUCAAGCACAAGCUCCUGAAGGAGUGAGGCCUGGGCAGCGCACAACAGCUCCCCUGGCCUUUGGGGUUCCCCAGCCUGUGGGGCUGGCUCCCUUGGCCUUUGGGGCUCAGCCUCAGAGUCACCCUGAGAUUCCCCCGAGACACAGUGCGCUAGUGCAGCUGUCCAGAGGUCAGCCUGAUUUCAACCCAGUUGCCCCUGGUCUGGCCAGCAGUGAACGUGGGAGACAAAUUGUACAAGUGACUUUCUCUUGACACUGAUUUUAUUAAAUAUUUCUCACCCUGGAAA